UAAAACACGUACAGUUAGUUUAUGAAAAAUAAGGGAUUAUCGCUUUAGAAGACUUGUGUCAGUAUCAGUUUCUCUUCAUUCUUUCUUCUACAUUUAAAAUUGGCAUAUUACAAAGUCAUAAGAUAUUGGUUUAUUAUUGACAAAAAUGUUUUUUAUUAGAUUGCUCUUUAUUCAAGAUGUUAUGUUCGAAUGAUGCAGUGCACGUAAAGUGAAGGGGCUCCGCCAGGACGAAGAAGUCGCGGGGAGGACGUUUUGCACUAUAUAAAUCCUCUAACUUCUAUAUAUAAACUAGUCUUGGCCCAGUCGUCGAAUCUGGCUGUUCAAAAUUAAUCUGCAUUAUACAAAUCAAAUAUUCUCUAAUAAAACAUUACACUAACGUUUGCACGGACAAAGUUAAUAAACAAUGCAUUUUUAAUAUAUUACUCAUUGGGAUAAACGUGUCUUCUUUAUCUCGGCGAAGAACAUAAUUCUAGAUCUGCGCAUUAAUGAAAUUCUUUACAUGAGCAAAAAAUUCUUUACACUUCAUCCUAUUGUAUUUCUGAAAUUGAUCACUUCAUAAUCGAUAUCGAUAUAGACCACAGUUUGUAUUAACGGGGAAGUAAAAGUGAUUCUAAUUUUUGGAUUCAAAGUAUGCAUUAUGUCACGUUUAUUUCGUAUAUCUGCCAUUUCGCCACUUUAUUCUGCGUUUCUGCACAAUUUCGCAGUUGUAACGACAACAAUAUUCAUUUAUUACCCGCCUACGCCAUUGCCUCGAGAGCUAGUCUUCUUGGUUCGGCAACAUGUGCAACGGAAUUACGAGCUUUCCUAGACGCUGUCGAUCAACGGAUACUGUGGGGUUUAAAAACAUUGGAUUCUAGUGGCGAACUCAAAUCAGGUUUCCUUUAUGGAAAUAAUUUUUGGCUGGGCAGUCGUAGUCAAUGCCUCGAUAUAAUGAACAAGACUCCCAUCGAGUUCGCAAGACAAUACAUGUUAAAUAACACACGAUACCGCGAUCCGCAGGAUGAGUUUCCACCUUUCCAACUGAAUUAUUUCGUUGCUUACAUCAGACACAACAGUACUCUUCAGUAUCACAUCAAUAUGUUUGAUGAAGAUCUGAUUACGCUCGGCCUCUGUUUGCCCGCAUCCUGUUCCACGAAUAAUAUAAGUUUCAUUCUAGAAGGAAUAUUUCGAGAUAGAAUUCUUUUAAUCAAUGAUCUCUAUUUCGUGGACUUCAAUCUGAUCCAGAUAAAAAACUUAAAGGAUAAUCACCAAUGGUUGUUAAAUGGUGCAAUACCUUUCAUAUG